AACAUCCCAGUUAUUGUACAUUUGUACAUAUAUGCCUAUACUAAUAUAAGGAAGCAGUCAUGUAGGUAAUUCAUUAAUCAUUUAUAUUAGAGAUAUUAGUUAAAAUAUAGACGUGACCACUGUGACAGACUUUAAAGAUAGAAAUAUAUUUAUUUUCUAAUUAUUUAUUUUUGAGAGGGAGAGUGUGAGUGGGGGAGGGGCAGAGAAAACGGGAGACACAGAAUCCAAAGCAGGCUCCAGGCUCUGAGCUGUCAGCCCAGAGCCCAGUGCGGGGCUCGAACUCAUGAAGCACGAGAUCAUGACUUAAGCCAAAGUUGGAUGCUUAACCGACUAAGCCAACCCAGGCACUGCUCUAUGAAAACAAUCUUGAGAUUUUGUAGAGGUUCCUGCGUCAUCAUGACCUGGGUGUCUUUGUCGUCCUUUGCUGUUCUUAGUAUGUGGCUUCUCUCUUGUUGUCCAAGAUGGUUACCGUUAUGCAUGUCAAUAGGAGGAAGAAAGGAUAUUUUUCUUCCCUUAAGAGGAGUUAUGUAUGUCAUUUCUCCUUAUAUUCCAAUGGCUAUAAUACUGUCCCGUGACUACAGUCAGCUGUAAGGGAGGCUGGGAAAUGAGUUUGUCUCACUUAUUAGGCAAGAGGAAAAGAACAGAUUCAGGGAGGGGGAGUUUAUUGUCACUUAGGGUUUGUGUCAGAUUUACUUUCCAUUUGUCUAGUUUGGAUUAACAUUAAAAUUCAAUUUUUAUUAUCCAAGACAUUAACUCUUGGCCUGGACAUUCUGAGACAGUUCAAGUUCUAUGACUAGUUCUCAAAUUUUUUGUGAAUAAACACUGCUAGUCUUGAUAUCAUAAAAUGGAAUAAGGUAUUAAAAGUUAAAAUUGACUUGAGAUACUUCCUCAUCUUGUUUCACUAUCAUUAGGUUGAAAUGAUUUAUCUAAUAUUUUAGACUAACACAAGGGGGUGGAGGCCUUGGAUAGGAGGAUUUCUUUACAUAUAAACAAAGCUAAAUGAUCUCUAGCUAGUUCCUUCUAAUUCUAAAGAGUGUGUUAUUCUAAAUGUUUAGAUAAGAUCAGAAAAACUUUUUCUCAAAGAUAUUAUAUACUUCAAUUAGUUAUUUUUAGAUGAAAAAUACUUCAUCGUACAUUGUAUUUUAUGAUUUUUGUCCUGUUGUAAAUGCUGUGUUUUGAAACAAGUAUCAAAUAUUAUAUAUUCUAUUAUAGAUUUUAUUAAAGGGUUGCAAACUAGUUAUCAGUUUUCCACCAUGUUUUAUGUCAACCUUUUAGCCUUGGUACCCUUUAGUUUUGAUAAAUUUAUAUACUUGUUAUAGUAUAGUCGGCUGGUUGACUUUAGUUUAUGAUGGAAUAGUAUAAGACAUUAUAGAUGUUCUUGGCAUUGAAGGUGAAAAUGCAUCCUUAGUUCUGUGCUUCACAAAUAGUGUUUGUAUUAUUAAAGUGAGAGUAUUUAUCUAAUGUUUAACAAAUGUCAGUUUUAAUAGUUAAUACUUAUUUGUUCUGAAACGAGUUUUGGUUGCUAUGUAGUACAUAUUAAAAAUAACGUAGGUGUUUAAUGUUCGUAGUGUAGAGGGAAGUUUGUUUUAACAAGUAUUUUUGGUAUUCCUUUUCUUAUACAAGCCUGUAGAAAACUCAUAGUUUCCUAACAGAAUAAGUAUUUUUAACAUUAAUAUUUGAAUUGUUGAUAUUGGCAUGAGGUGUGAUGGAUGAAACAAGUAGAUCCAGCAGAAGGUAGGGUUCUGUUUUGCUUGGACUUUUUUUUAAAACUUCUCUCCCCCUCUCCUUUUUAAGAUAAAUUAUAGCUGUUUCUUAAACAGUAUGAGUUGCGAAAAUUUUGUUUUAAUAUUCAAAUAUCACUAUUUUUUUGUUACAUUGUUUUAGAAGACUUUGGUGAUGAGUAUUUGGAAUGCAGAAUAUGCUUAGAUUCUGCUUUAUUUGAGGGGGGUGCAGUAUAUAGAAAUGCCCGUUAACUUUGACUUAAAUAUUUAUAGAUUAUUUUUCUGUGGUUAGAAAAUGGUCAAAGGUUUUUUUUUUGUUAUAUUGUAUAAAAUGAUGGAUUUUAGCCUAUAAUCUCUCUUAUUUUGUAUUUUUUACCAUUGCUGGCACUAGUCAGAAAGACCCAUUUGUUCCUCUUAGAAUGUUUUGAACUAAGUAGCAACUUAAAAAUUGUCAUAGGGCGUAGUUUAUAAGCUCAGCUUUAUAGAUGCAAAAUUGUAGUUGUACAAAGAUAUUUCUGAAGGGGUUUCUGAAUGUAGAAUAUGCCUAGAAGAGAAGUAAACUUUGUUUUUGAAUUAGAGGUGAAGCAGUUUUUGUUUAGAUAAAACUAUGCUUGUGAAGGAUGAGAGAGAAUAGGAAAAUUCUUAAGAAGGGCCAGUGGAAAUUAUUUAAUUCCAUAUUGGUCAUGGGUUUCUUUGUCUCUGGCUUUGUCUAACCAUUUGAUCUUGAAGCUGAUUGAUACUUGUGUUUCCGAUCCUGAUAUUGCUAAGUUGUAAUUUCUCACUGACCCUACAUAGGUUAGAAAAAUUAAUAUCCGAGUUAAUGUAACUGGCAUCCUCCAGACAGCAAAGAGUUUACUGAAAAUGCUUUGGGUGAGAAGCAGUUAUACUUAAGCAUGAACAUUGACGACAAACUGGAAGGAUUAUUUCUUAAAUGUGGCGGCAUAGACGAAAUGCAGUCUUCCAGGGCAAUGGUUGUAAUGGGUGGAGUGUCUGGCCAGUCUACCGUGUCUGGGGAACUGCAGGAGUCAGUACUUCAAGAUCGGAGUAUGCCUCACCAGGAGAUCCUUGCUGCAGAUGAAGUGUUACAAGAAAGCGAAAUGAGACAACAGGAUAUGAUAUCACAUGAUGAACUCAUGGUCCAUGAGGAGACAGUGAAAAAUGAUGAAGAGCAGAUGGAAACACAUGAAAGACUUCCUCAAGGACUACAGUAUGCACUUAAUGUCCCUAUAAGUGUAAAGCAGGAAAUUACUUUUACUGAUGUGUCUGAGCAACUGAUGAGAGACAAAAAGCAAAUCAGAGAGCCAGUAGACUUACAGAAAAAGAAGAAACGGAAACAACGUUCUCCUGCAAAAAUCCUUACAAUAAAUGAGGAUGGAUCACUUGGUUUGAAAACCCCUAAAUCUCACGUUUGUGAGCACUGCAAUGCUGCCUUUAGAACGAACUAUCACUUACAGAGACAUGUGUUCAUUCAUACAGGUGAAAAACCAUUUCAAUGUAGUCAAUGUGACAUGCGUUUCAUACAGAAGUACCUGCUACAGAGACAUGAGAAGAUUCAUACUGGUGAAAAACCAUUUCGCUGUGAUGAAUGUGGUAUGAGAUUCAUACAAAAAUAUCACAUGGAAAGGCAUAAGAGAACUCAUAGUGGAGAAAAACCUUACCAGUGUGAAUACUGUUUACAGUAUUUUUCCAGAACAGAUCGUGUAUUGAAACAUAAACGUAUGUGCCAUGAAAAUCAUGACAAAAAGCUAAACAGAUGUGCCAUCAAAGGUGGCCUUCUGACAUCUGAGGAAGAUUCUGGCUUUUCUACAUCACCAAAAGAUAACUCACUGCCAAAAAAGAAAAGGCAGAAAACUGAGAAAAAAUCAUCUGGGAUGGACAAAGAAAGUGCUUUGGACAAAUCUGACCUGAAGAAAGACAAAAAUGAUUACCUGCCCCUUUAUUCUUCAAGUACUAAAGUAAAAGAUGAGUAUAUGGUAGCAGAGUAUGCUGUUGAAAUGCCACAUUCUUCAGUUGGGGGAUCGCAUUUAGAAGAUGCAUCAGGAGAAAUACAUCCACCUAAGUUGGUUCUCAAAAAAAUUAAUAGUAAGAGAAGUCUGAAGCAGCCAUUGGAGCAGAAUCAAACAAUUUCUCCCUUAUCCACAUAUGAAGAGAGCAAAGUUUCAAAGUAUGCUUUUGAACUUGUGGAUAAACAAGCUUUACUGGACUCAGAGGGCAAUGCUGAUAUUGAUCAGGUCGAUAAUUUGCAGGAGGGGCCCAGUAAACCUGUGCACAGUAGUACUAAUUAUGAUGAUGCCAUGCAGUUUUUGAAGAAGAAACGAUACCUUCAAGCAGCAAGUAACAAUAGUAGGGAGUAUGCGCUGAAUGUGGGCACCAUAGCUUCUCAGCCUUCUGUAACACAAGCAGCUGUGGCAAGUGUCAUUGAUGAAAGUACUACGGCAUCCAUAUUAGAUUCACAGGCACUGAAUGUGGAGAUUAAGAGUAACCAUGACAAAAAUGUUAUUCCAGAUGAGGUACUGCAGACUCUCUUGGAUCAUUACUCUCAUAAAGCUAAUGGACAGCAUGAGAUAUCAUUCAGUGUUGCAGACACUGAGGUGACUUCUAGCAUAUCAAUAAAUUCUUCAGAAGUACCUGAGGUCACCCAGGCAGAGAAUGUUGGAUCAAGCUCCCAAGCAUCCUCAUCAGAUAAAGCCAACAUGUUGCAGGAAUACUCAAAGUUUCUGCAGCAGGCUUUGGACAGAACUAGCCAAAAUGAUGCCUAUUUGAAUAGCCCGAGCCUUAACUUUGUGACUGAUAACCAGACCCUUCCAAAUCAGCCAGCAUUCUCUUCCAUAGACAAGCAAGUCUAUGCAGCCAUGCCCAUCAAUAGCUUUCGAUCAGGAAUGAAUUCUCCACUAAGAACAACUCCAGAUAAGUCCCACUUUGGACUAAUAGUUGGUGAUUCACAGCACUCAUUUCCCUUUUCAGGUGAUGAGACAAACCAUGCUUCUGCCCCAUCAACACAGGACUUUUUGGAUCAAGUGACUUCUCAGAAAAAAGCUGAGGCUCAGCCUGUCCACCAAGCUUACCAAAUGAGCUCCUUUGAACAGCCCUUCCGCGCUCCAUAUCACGGAUCAAGAGCUGGAAUAGCUACUCAGUUUAGCACUGCCAAUGGACAGGUGAACCUUCGGGGACCAGGGACAAGUGCUGAAUUUCCAGAAUUUCCCUUGGUGAAUGUAAAUGAUAAUAGAGCUGGGAUGACAUCUUCACCUGAUGCUACAACUGGCCAGACCUUUGGCUAAAAAAAAGUGUAAAUAAUACUGGCACUUUAGAACAGAUUAAUCAAGAGUGGGGUUACUCUGUGUAAAUGGAGUGCUGUACAGAUUUAAGAGCAAUGCGUUAUAACAAGUUAAGCUGAUAUGAAUAGCAAGAUAAUCCAAUAACUGCAUUUUGUUUGGUUAGUCAGCAUUCUUUGAACUGCCUUACAUGUUGUCACCUUUAUAGAAGCAAUGCAUUACUUGUUUUAGAACAGAAACUUGCUAUUCCACCUACACCGAGUUUCAAAGGAAAAAAAAAAGACUUUCGCACAAUUGUUUCCUAAUUGAUAACAUUGUACAUUCUUAGGAGAUUAGUAAUUGUGUGAAAUUUACUCAUACUGUUUCUAAGUUUUUCAGCAUAGUCAUUGCACUUCAGCAGGGAAUCUGAGUAUACUUUACAGACAGAGUGAACUUCAGAGUUUAAAUGUCAAGAGAUUAUGGCUUAAAUAAAUUAGUGUGUCCUAUAGGAGGAAAAAAAGAAACCAAGAAACCACCGUUUAAAAAGAAUGAUAUGCCAUAUACCCUUGAUUUUCAUUUUGCAUUAUAUUGACAUGUUUUUUUUUUUGAGAAAAGAAAGUAAUAAAAAUCUGAUAGUCUAAGACUCCACUAUUUAAAAGCCUAAUUACUUUUAAAAUAUGCAUACUUUCAAAACUUUUACCAAAAUACGUAACUGUUGAAGCAUUCACUUCUCAAUGGAAGUAUGCAUAUUGGUGUCAGUUUCUUUGUACAGUUGUACUUAGAUAUUUUUUAUGAUUUUUCAUGUGCAGGUAUCAAGGUUUUGAAGUUUUAGUAAAAAGAUAUUCUGUAGAUUACAUUCCCAAGAACAUAAUGCUUACACAAAAUGUAUAUUCCACGUUUUAAAGCUUAAUUGUAUUUUACUUUACAUAUACACUUCAGUUAACAUAGAGCACUUAGAAUCUAUUUGGUAUUUUUGAUUUCUCAAAGUAAAAAAAAAAAUUAGAUUUUUAGGUUUGAUAUGGUUGUGUCAUAAUCAUCUCAUAAUUGACAAUUUUAAUUUUUGGCAAUAAAAGGAAAUUGGAUAUCUUUGGAACUGUAAAACCUGGUUUAAUCCUUCUCUUUCUAGAAUCUUGGUAGAUUGGAUAAUUAAACAGUAUCCAGAGAAACUAAAGAAAUGGGCAUUUUAAUUGCUUAUUUUAUCUUGAAUUACUUUUUAAUGAACACUGCUCAUUACAAUUUUACAAACCAAAAGUGUUUACUAAUUCUAGUAACUACAAUUUCUUUUUCAGCUAGAUGAGUGAUCGGAAACUUUUUGUUGCAUUUCAAAAUCUAAAUAAACUACAGACUUUAUCCUUAUACCACGAAUGUUUUUUUUUUUUAAUAUAUAUAUAUAUAUAUAUAUAUAUACUUUGUCUUAAAAUAAUACAGCAUGGUACCAUAAAUAGUGCUUUUAUAUAUACACAUAUGUAUACUUUUCUAAAGAAUGAUGGUUUGAGUUACACAUUGGACAGUUUUAAGUUUUGGAAAAUAACAUUACUUCUAUUGAUUUUAUUAGCCUCUUUAAUUUGUUCCAACUUUUUUGCUUAUUUUAAUUUCCACCAUCUUUGUCACAAUGCACAUACUGAUGUAGCACCAGUGAUACUCUAAAAUUAAUAUUCUUGGAAGGUGAAACUUUAUUGUUGCUAAUUUCCACUUUAACUUUUAUAUUGGCCCUAUAGAUCUGCAGUCUUUGUUUCAGUAUAGAAUGUUACACAUUUAAAUUAUUGUUUCUUUUAUUUAAUGUUAUCCCAAGACUGUUCUCAUAAAGGGAACAAAGAAAAUAUCAACCCUUAACAUCUUUUACAUUUAUUUUGAAUAUUUUGGUGUUUUAUGAUAAUGAAUAUAAAUUAUGUUUAAUGUGGUUUCCUCUGUACGUUGGUUAUUAAGCUUUGCUUGAAAUAUUAAUUUUCCUAUUUGACAGCUUUCUUUGCUGCCAAACUUUUCAAGAAUUUUAGACUUCUCUGAGGUAGAUGUUUAAGUUCUGCCAUUACUGACUUUGAAGAAUAGUGUGUGUUGUGUUAUACAUCAUGCAAUUGCAAGAAGGCUCUAUUCAGGUGAGAUGUGAAAAAUGGAACUGUGCUCAUGCUAUAUAGGUGUUUAUAUUUUUCUCAUACUGUUAUUUGAUAAUAGGCAUUUAUUUCCUGAGUUGAUUUCUUUUUCUUUUUUCUUUUUUUCUCUUUCUCUUUCUCUUUCUUUCUCUUUCUCUUUCUUUCUCUUUCUCUCUCCUUUUUCCUUUUUCCUUUUUCCUUUUUUCUUUUUCUUUUUUUGAGCCUGGUCAAAAAUUUUGUUCUUCAACAACUUGUUCAGUCCUGGUAUAGUAUACAGUUUUUGUUUGCUUUAAUAUCACCAGCACAGUUUUUUUAGAGUGUGACUCUACUGCUGAGCAGUUAGGGUAAGCCAAGGAAGGCAGGCCUUUGAAAAUGGUAGUUACGCAAGCAAAAUUUCAGGUGUUGCAUUCCUGUCUUCGGCACAUUUCUUUAAAUAUACAUAAUGGCAGACUUUUCUACCACAUUGUAAGCAUUUGAUACUUUGACAUAAGUUAUUGACGUACCAUUUAAGUAUAGUAGUUGUGGCUCUCUUACUGUGAAAUUCUAAAUGCCUACCAGAAUUACCUUGUAUUAUCAUCAUAGGAUAAACAUCUCAACAGUUUGGGUUUCCCCACUUUGCUUUAGAAAGUUACUUAAUUUGUAUCUGGGCAUUAACAGUAAAAAGUAAGUAGCCUUUAUGUGCUGCUGUAGAUCAGAAUAUUGAGGAUAAUAUGAGGAUGAGAUAAUCCUUCUGCAAUUUGUGUUUUUCAUUUCAGUUAGCAAAGUGUUCCAUUAAAACAUGCUCUUAUACCAUUAAACUUUUGGUCAAUGUGAGUGAGGUAUGCUUUUGCACUUAGGACCUACUCUCCUGUUUGAAGAUUGGAAGCAGAUCAGGUUAGAUGAGGUAAUCUCUGUUGAACAUCUUGUAAAGCUUUUUUUUUUUUUUUUUUUUUUUGACUUCUUAUUGUACACAUAUUCAUUUGGUUCAGAAUAUUUGAGUGGCUCUUAAAUCUUUUGGAUGUCCUUGCAGCUUUUCUGUUUGAUAACCAUACAAAUCCAUCCUUUUAGCUCUGGCUGAGGACUGUCAGUGGUCGGGUAAUUUUCCCUUUCUGACAGGCAAAAGAGGUCUUGUGCUCAGGGUAGGCUUUCAUUACCACAGGGGAGAGAAACUUGCAAAGUGCCAGCUAGGUUAGAUCUUUUGCCACUUCUUUCAUUUUAUCAAUUUGGGUUUUUAAAGGGCUGUUUAAAAAAAAAAAGCCGGGAAACUUUAAAAGUAGGCAUUACUGUAGUACCGCAUUUCUUAGACAUAGAACAUCUUAAACUAGAACUUGUUUUUUCACAGUAUAAUUACUUGAAGAAGCACUAUUAUAAUCAAUGAGAAACUUUUUGACACUGCAAUUUAAUUUAAACUUUUUCCGUUUCAAAUUGCUUUAUUUCAGGGAAAUAAUUUUCCAGUUGUUUUGCUAUAUUCUGCAAAUAAAACCGUGUUUCCUUUUUUCACUUAAACGUUGGUAGGAAACAAACUAAAGCAGACAAACAUUUCUUGUUGUGUUUGUUGCUUUCUUUAAUCCAAUGGAUAAAAAAGUAAAACCCUGUAAACAUUAUUUUAUUUUUUUAUGCAAUACCAUGCUGUAAAUACGGUUCAUCAAAUAAGGAUGUACCUAUGAUUGAAUCUUUAAUUCUGCACAGUUAGAGUUUAUAUAUAAACGUGUCUUGACAAUCAAGGACUUUUAUGUGAGUCUUCCUUUAUGAUGUUUAUUAAUGUUAUGCAUUCCAUUUGUUUUGAAGUGAGUACCAAUGUGCUAAUUUGUAUUGUCUGAAAGUAUGUAAUGUUUUUACAGCUUGUUUUUAAGAAUCUGUAAAUAUGUACAAACAAAUCACAGUACUGCUUUAUGUUAGAAGGCAUAUGAUGUUGUACUGUACGUAAGCAAUAAUACAUAGCAGUGCUAACUGUACAAGUAGCAUCAGGAAAGUUCUAAAAACAUUUCAGAGUUAUUCUCCUUAUUUCAUUUAAUAAUGAUUAUCUUUAAUCAGUUUUUAUAAGUAAAUUCCAUUGUUCCUCCUACUGGAACAUAACACUGUUUACACAGCAUAAUUGAAGUUGCAGGGGAGACAGGCUAAAUCUGACUUCAUCUGUACUCACUUUCACUAAGCAUUGAAUGGCCUUACCACUCUUCUGCAAGAUGGAGGAAGACCGCAAAACUUAGUGCCCAUCACACUGAAGGAAGGGGGUGUGGUUUUUUUUUUAUUUGUUUUUUGUUUUUUUUCCUGCUUCUGUACUGCUACCUAACUUUGUGGUUUGCUUUGGAUUUAAUAUUUGUUUCUGUUUUAGAUUCAAGCCCAUAAGUUUUGAGGUGACUUCAGCUCCAUUGUGACAUAGUUCUCUUCAUAGUUCAUAGCUACAUUUCAGUAAUUCUAAACUUUCUACUUUGAUUUUUAGAUAUGUAUUUUUCAAGCUUGAUUUCUCAGCUGAACAGAUGAAUUUAUUCAACUUCAAUACAAAGAAAGACAAACCUAUUGUAGUUUGAAUUGAGUAGAUAUUAUACUGUACAGAACAGCUAACUAUUUGAACACACACAUCACUGCUUUAGAAAUAAAACCGCCAAUUUAUAAAUGUAUAUGACCUACAUUUUAUAGGAGAAAUGUUUUUAAAUGCUAGUCAUUUAUAUAAUGUGCUUUGAAGGAUUUGCUAGUCCACUUCUGUCACUUUUUAGUACACUGGUAUCUUUUAUAUGUAAUGUAUGCUUUUUAUUAUUGUAGCAAAGCAUUUCAGUAGAAUGAAUUUUGCAACAAUAUGGGGGGAAUUUUUCAUUGUUGGAUUUGAAUUAUACUGGAUUUUAUCUGUGUAGUCUUGUCUUUAUUUUAAUGCUGUCUGGAAGGGAACUUGGUAUCCAAAUAAAGCAGGUAACCUCAUUUUACUUCAAGGGCAUACUGUGUAGUGCUGAAUUUAAUCUGGAAAUCUGACGAUUUUGAAAAGAAAAACACAUUUAUAAAAAUUGUACAGAAGAAAUUAAAUGUGUGAUGGAAAUCCUGA